AUGAAGGAGGUUGUCAAAACAAAAGUAAUGAAGUUGUUAGAUGCAAGGAUCAUUUACCCGAUUUCAGAUAAUGUAUGGGUGAGCCCAGUGCAAGUGGCGCCGAAGAAAGAGGAAAUAACCGCGGUUACAAAUGAGAAGAAUGAGCUCAUACCCACCAGGACAGUCACAGGGUGGAGAGUGUGCAUUGAUUACAGGAAGCUAAAUGAUGCCACCAGAAAAGGCCAUUUAAUCCUUCCAUUCAUUGAUCAAAUGCUCGAGAGAUUAGUAGGCAUUCCUACUAUUGCUUCCUGGACUAAUUCUCAGGGUACUUUCAGAUCCCCACUGCCCCAGAAGAUCAGGAAAAUACUACAUUCACAUGCCCGUAUGACACCUUUGCAUACCAUCGAAUACCCUUCAGAUUGUGCAACACACCUGCCACCUUCCAGAGGUGCAUAUUAG